AUGCGAAGUUCGCCGCUGCAAAGGAGGGGCCCACGCCGCGCGACGAGCCUGGCUCGCAGCCCCAGCCCACGGCGGCCGCUCCUCUCCACCGUCCUCCCGCCGCCGCCGCUGCUGCUGCUGCUGCUGCUGCUGCCGCCGCCCCUGAGCUCGGGCGCCGGGACCCGCCGGCCGCCGCACCUCGUCUUCGUGCUGGCGGACGACCUCGGCUGGAACGACGUGGGCUUCCACGGCUCCAACAUCCGCACGCCGCACCUGGACGCGCUGGCGGCCAGCGGGGUGCUCCUAGACAACUACUACACGCAGCCGCUGUGCACGCCAUCGCGGAGCCAGCUGCUCACCAGCAUCUUUAAGAUCCACACGGGUUUACAGCACCAAAUAAUCUGGCCCUGUCAGCCCAGCUGCGUUCCUCUGGAUGAAAAACUCCUGCCCCAGCUUCUGAAAGAAGCAGGCUACACUACACAUAUGGUCGGAAAAUGGCACCUGGGAAUGUACCGGAAAGAAUGCCUUCCUACCCGCCGAGGAUUUGAUACCUACUUUGGCUAUCUUCUAGGUAGUGAAGAUUACUAUUCCCAUGAGCGCUGUACGUUAAUCAACGCUCUGAAUGUCACACGAUGUGCUCUUGAUUUUCGAGAUGGUGAAGAAGUUGCAACAGGAUAUGAAAAUAUGUAUUCAACAAACAUAUUUACCCAAAGAGCUACAGCCCUCAUAACUAACCAUCCACCAGAGAAGCCUCUAUUUCUCUACCUUGCUCUCCAGUCUGUCCACGAGCCCCUUCAGGUACCUGAGGAAUACCUGAAGCCAUAUGACUUUAUCCAAGAUAAGAACAGGCAUUAUUAUGCAGGAAUGGUGUCCCUUAUGGAUGAAGCAGUGGGAAAUGUCACUGCAGCUUUAAAAAGCCAUGGGCUCUGGAACAACACGGUGUUCAUCUUCUCCACAGAUAAUGGAGGGCAGACUUUGGCGGGGGGCAAUAACUGGCCCCUUCGAGGAAGAAAAUGGAGCCUGUGGGAAGGAGGCAUUCGAGGGGUGGGCUUUGUGACAAGCCCCUUGCUGAAACAGAAGGGGGUGAAGAACCGGGAGCUCAUCCACAUUUCUGACUGGCUGCCCACUCUCGUGAACCUGGCUGGAGGAAGCACGAAUGGUACCAAGCCUCUGGAUGGUUUCGACGUGUGGAAAACCAUCAGUGAAGGAAGCCCAUCCCCCAGAAUGGAGCUGCUACACAACAUUGACCCAAACUUUGUGGACGCUUCUCCAUGUCCUGGGAACAGCACGGCUCCAGCAAAGGAUGAUUCUUCUCUUCUAGAAUAUUCAACGUUCAACACGUCUGUCCAUGCUGCAAUUAGACACGGGAGCUGGAAACUCCUCACAGGCUUCCCAGGCUGUGGUUCCUGGUUCCCUCCACCAUCUCAAUACAAUGUUUCUGAGAUACCCUCAUCGGACCCACCGAACAAGACCCUCUGGCUCUUUGAUAUUGAUAAGGACCCAGAAGAACGACAUGACCUGUCACGAGAUUAUCCCCACAUCGUCAAGCAGCUCCUCUCCCGGCUUCAGUUCUACCACAAACACUCAGUGCCCGUGUACUUCCCAGCGCAGGACCCCCGCUGUGAUCCCAAGAGCACUGGGGCUUGGGGCCCUUGGAUGUAGGAUUUCAGGCAGCCUGCGGUGGGGGCGGGGGCUAGAAGACCUUUCUGUUGCAAGUUGGACUUUAGGCCUUUACUAGUGUGACUCUUGUCUCAUCCGUUCUCUCAACCUGGGUUCGCCGGGUUCACCAGGCCACUAAACCACACUGAAGUGUCUAAUUUCAAUCCCUCGUGUAUUUAAGAGCUGAUAAAAUCUAGAACACUCCGGUUGUUGGCUGGGGUGUGUGACUAAAGGAGAGGGUGGCUGGGUCCAUCCCGUUUUUCCUGAGCUGUGGGACAGCUGGGAACUUGAUCUGGAAUAGGAAGUUAUUGAGUCCUGGAGGCUGGAGCAGCUGGCUCCUUUUGCCUCACAAGUCAGAUGUUAGAUUUCCCUCUGCCAAUAGCCGGUUUUAUUAGAGUGACUCACAUUUCUUGUAACAAAUGAAGGGAGCAGACAAUUGUUAAUGGUUCUGCUGGCCAGGGGUUCUCCCUGUCUGUGAGACACAGUGUUCGGGCAUUCUGUGUGAAUAACCUGCCUUGGUUCACCCCUCGCUCACUCACCUCGUCACUCCCCCAUCAUGCAGCAUUUCGUUGUUAAGGCCAGUAUUGGUGAUAUGCCUACUCCAUGGUUCUGAUUUUUACAAUAAAGAACUAUGUUUUUAUCCCCAAGUUUCCCCCUCCGCCAUCAUUCAUUGUCUAGAGUUCCUGCUACUCCCAGCUCCUCGUGGUUCUCUUCCUGCUCUUCCUUUUACCUCAGGCGUCCUGUGCUUGCGAAGGCUGCUUUGCUUCUCCCCUCUGAGCACCACUGGUUUGGAAACACUGCUGAGCCCCGCCUGCCUCUUGCCCCUAUGCUGGAGCAAGAGCCCUGCCCAGAGACAGUGGCCAAAGCCUGGACGAGUGAGGUGAGGGUCUGUGUCAUCUGUUUGGUGAGGAUUUUUCUAAUUGCAGGGAGUGUAUCAUAAUGAGUGUGGCUUUGUCUCGUAUUACAGUAAGAGUUGCACUGCUCUACCCCAGCAGUGAGGAAACAUCCCCAGAAACGAAUAAUACUGUUCUGAGACGAUGGAAGUGGGGAACUUGAAAAAGGAAAUGGCCAGCAUCUGGGACACUGGGCCUCGGUGAAGCCAGGCGGGCACAUCCACAUUUCUCUUAUUCUCUCAGUUUUCCUGCUUGUUUGAGGUUCUGGGGCAGGGCACAGAAGACCUAGCACAGUUUGUCGUGUGCCCGCCCUUUCUCAGUCCCACUUAUGUCCUACUGACGUAGAUCAGCCCAGAUUGGCUCCAAAGAGUAAUGUAUGCAAAAACUAUACACUUUUUUUUUUUGCAUUAGCUUCACUGUUUCAUUCACUGCUUAUCACCAAUGCCUGGAUCAGUGCCUGGUACAUAGAAAGCACUCAGUAAACUUUAAAAAAAAAAAAAAAGAAUAAAGGGACAAAUAAGCAAAUGAGAAAAUUUCGCACCAUGAAAAGUGCUAGUCCAAUUAGCUGAAUAUGCAGGGUAAUAUAAAUCUCUUCCAACCAUUGCUUUUUUCCCUCAAGCUGCCCUCCUAAGGGAGAAGCAUCGUCUGCUUAUCCGGGUGGUCAUAGCACAUGCCGUAGUAAAUUGUAAUGUCCUCUGGUGCGGAUAUGCCUGCUAUAGGCACACUUUGACAAUAAUCCUCAGUUCUAUUUUUCAUAAGACCACCAAAUAAUAUGAUAGAGGUCCUGGCAUAGCCAUCCUUCAAUUCAUUAUCAGUAUUAUCUGGUAUUAAAAAACGAUGUUUGGAAGGAAAUGGUGCUAGAACUAAUGACACCAGUUACCAACCUGUACCCCGCUCUUGGGUUGGCAAACACCUGGCCAAAAUGCUAUUACCUCUCACUCCCAAGCCUGUGGUAGAUAUUAUGAACUUACCGAGAACAGAUGUUUCUUCUGGAUCUUUUUAAUCCCAGGACUGUAGGUAGCUAUUAAUACUGUCAGAUUAGGGGCCGUCACUAUGUGACACCUCUUUGCAAUCCCUGCUGUACUCACGGUAGCUGUCCCCACUUCUAAUUCCUUGAUUGCUGUGUACAGUGUAGAUAUUCGGCAUUCAAUAGCUUUUAAAGGAAUUUUAAAGACUAAUUUUUAUAAAACUUUUGAAAUUUUAUUUUAUUCAUAAUAGAAUGUAUCUCAUUAGAUUUUCUUUUUUCUGUACCAGAAUGCGAACAGAUUCAUAUGUUGUUAUGAGAGGUAUUAAUGUUAUUUCUUUCUAAAUGUACCGUUAAAGAAGGUUUUUGUUUAUUGUUUUUUCUUUGUUACUUGACAAUUGUUUUACGUUUAAGGGACAAAAAAAUUAAAUUUAUCUUUCAGAAUGU